UUUGCCCUUUACGACUCGCUAUCACGCCUACAAAUGUUUGUUGAAUGCCGUUUAACAUGUAAACGCAAAACUCUUAUUGUACUAAAGUGUUUUGAGAUCACUGAAAUGACAUAAGUAUGGCCUUGUUAACUGGUAAAUUAUACUCAAAGAACACGUUAGGUCGUUCGCUUUUCAAAGAUCUUGCUGAAAACGCAACUAUUUUGCCGACCGAUAAUCGUAGCAAGAAGGAGACCAGCAACAAGCCCGAAGUAGAAAGCGAGACUUCAAAGAAAGACUCCGAACCCACCGAAAACGAAAAAAUAGUAAACACGGAGAACGCAAACACGGAGGAUAAUUCAGAAAAUACUGAUUCGGCGGAGGUCAAGGUAAUAUGGAAGCAAACUGCCGGAAAAACAAAACGACCUCCGAAAGAUUUUUUCACCCCACAAGAAGAAAGUGGUGAUGCGGAAGCCGACCACGAAAAAGAGCUCAAUCUUGAAUCUGAGAAAAAAUCUAAAAAAAGAACUCCUGUAACCACCCAACCGUUGACUCUAAAUAUAAACUUAAAAACCGCAAAACCACCCCAUACCGCGAGAGCACAAAUAUCUAAUCUUCAAGCUGUUAGAGCGGCCACAGGUGUACGAUACCCUCAAAAAUCUUUGGGCCAACCCAAAGAACAAAAAUUAAAAACCGAGAGUAAGCAAGAUAACAAAGAUGAACAAGAGUGUCCCGAAAAUGAAAAACUUGAAGUGGAAAAAGUUAAAGAAAGUGAAUCUAAAGAAGAAAGACUCGAUCAAACCGUAGAAGAAGUAGCUGAAAAUAGAGAUCUUCAAUCGGCCGAAAUUCAAAAUUAUGACGAUCAACCAACAUCAGAUCCCGAUGAACCAACGAUGCCAACUCUUGAACCAAUUAUGGAGGAACCGAUUGAAGAAAAUUCUGACGAUAGCUCAAGUGAAUACAAGAGUGUAAAAAGUGAAUCGCAGUCAAAGAAACCGGUUGUUAUUAAAGUGGUUCCUCCAUCAAAAUACGCAGAAAAGUUAAGAGCUCUUUUAGCCGUCGAAGGUCAACCACCAGAAGCUCUUGAAGUUCUGCAGCCGGAUGCUAUUGCGAAUCUCAAGCGCGAACUUGCGCGGAAGGGGAUUAUAGAGAGCUAUUCUGACGAAUUAGAUGUUGAAGAACGAGUAGCCACCGAAGAAGACAUGUUUCAAAAUUUGGGAAAAGAAGUUUCAGAAUCAUCGUCAGAGGUUCUGGCAACUGCAGAAAGCGGCGUUGUUGAAGGAGACCUAGACUUGGACGAGUUAAAAGAUGAUAAGAGAGACGGGUAUAAGACAAACAAGUCUUUUGAAAUUCGAAGGCUACAGGCGAAGGCUGAACGCGAGCGAGAAGAAAAACGUAGAAUAUUUCCAAAACCCCGAUUUCUAAAAGGGUCAAAGGUUUCCAACGCACCAUCGUCGAAUAACACAGAGGAAUUUAAUGAAAUGCGAAGUCAUGGACGCGACCAUAGAAAAAACUGGGUCAGAAGGAAACCUAAAAGCAUUUUAAAAAUGCAAUCAUCGGAUACUGCAAAUAACGAAAAGAAUCAGUCUGACAAAAAGAAAGAAAAACGUAAAAGCGCUACCGUACGCAUAAGAGAACCUGAAUACGAUUAUAAGCUGUUUUCGGGCGACGAAUCUAACGAUUCAAGCGAUACUGUGCCGAGUCAGUCAUCAUCAGUACUUGGGUAUAGACCGAAUAGCGCGACAUCAUUAUCAACAAACAGCACCUCAUCGUUUAUGGAUGAUGACGAUGUCAGUUUCGAUUCGUCUUAUUUUGAACAUGCACAGCACGAAUGGGAAGAUGAUGAGAAUGCAUUCUACCGAACAUCAGCAUUGGGAAUGACUGUUCAUGACAUUUACGAUGACAUUGAUAGACUCAAUCCUUCUCGAUUAACAAACGCAAGAUUACCUGAGUCGCCGGAACAACAACAGGAUAAUUUAAAGAAAAACCGCGUAACUUCAGCUGAAGCAUCGUUGAUGGAUAGAUCAAGUUUGCAUGCUCUGAGAAACACCAGUCGUAACCAACGUCGCGGGAGACCAACAGCUAGCAGAUCCUCAGCCAGAUAUCCGUCCGCCAUUCGCCAUUACGAAGAUAAGCCGUUGCAUAUGUUUGACGCCAUGAGGUAUGAAAACGACCGAAGACAUCUUCAGCACCAUAAAUCGAACAGAAACAUAUCCCGAGAAUCUGCCCAUUUUGUUAAUCGAAAUCAAGACAGAAUGCUUUCCAGAGAAUCUAGGAUCUCUCCUCAGAGUAAAGGAGUUAGUUUUACCGAUGGUGCAAUUGCGUUCGGUCCUCAUAUGGCACCGAUAUCCAAGGACAUACCCAGCGACGUGACAGAGACAGAAUGGGUUGAUAGGGUGCAAAAGUUUAUGGCAACUGCGUACGCCGGCAAAAAGAAACAAGACGAACAAAGAAAACACCUUCGAAAGACUAAUUUCGCUCAACGUUUUUUAAGUAAAAUUAAAGGUAAGAAGAAGAAGAAGAAAUUGAUAGAAAAGCCGCCCGAUGAGGACGAAAUCAUCAUGCCAGCAAUUUGCUACUGCGAAUGCUGCCCUUCCUGCUGCUUUGUUUGCUUGCCUGAUUCACUUUGUAGUAUGAUGAUAAUAUUGUUUGUACCAACCAUCAUCCUUAUGACAUGUGUAUUACUAGCAAUAUUUUGGGCUACAGGUAUCUUUCCGUUGUGAUGUCAUGGAUCUCGUCGCUAAUGAGGAGAGGAAGAUAGUACAGUAUACGGACUUUCUCAUUUUGUCAAUCAACUCCUCUAAAUGGAAUCAAAUCGAUAUAAUUGGAAAUGUCCAGAUUUGGAACAAUGGGAGGCUGGCGAAGAAUAUAUAAAUGUUUUUAUUUUAUUUAAAAUGAAUAUAAUAUUAUUAAUAAACCAUUUAUAAUAAGUCUUA